AUGCGUCCAUUAACUUCGAUUCCAUGUAUUCCAACAGGAAAACAAAUGAAAGAACGGUGUACAUCGAUCAAAGCAUGGGAAUUACCGAAACAGAAGAGCACGUUGGCGCCGGAAAGUGUGUGGACGAAUGAGGAUAUGGAUCCGGUGAAGAUAGAAAAUCAGACGUGGACGUUGUGGACUUGGAUGGCUUAUUGGGCUACGGAUACGAUUAAUCUGGGAACUUGGGAGACGGCAAGUGGUAUUCUUGCGGUGGGUCUGACAUGGCGGGAGGCAAUUCCUAUUAUGGUCGUAGGAACCACUUGUGUAGCAAUCCCCAUGGUACUCAAUGGAGCCAUCGGCGCAAAACUCCACAUACCAUUUUCGGUGGCGAUUCGAGCAUCAUUCGAAUACUAUCUUGCAUACUUUUGCAUCGUUUCGAGAUCUAUACUGGCGAUGUUUUGGUUGGGCAUUCAAGGCGCUAAUGGGGCUGAGUGUAUUACGGUUAUGAUAUUGGCUGUUUGGCCUAGUUAUAAGAAUGUACCGAAUCAUAUUGCGGAGGGACAAGGUAUCACUACACAUGGAAUGAUAAGCUACUUCCUCUUCUGGAUAAUCCAACUCCCACUCCUCCUCAUCCCACCCACCCGGCUCCGCUACCUGUUCGCUGCCAAACUAAUCGCCGCCCCCAUCGCCGCCCUCGCAACCAUGGGCUGGUGCAUCCACCAAGCUAGCAAAUCUAGCUCUGGCUCUACCUCCAUCUUCAAUCUGCAACCCACCGUUUCUGGCUCCACUAAAGCCUAUCUCUGGCUUUCCUGCAUGUCAUCCGUCACAGGCACAUGGGCCACACUAGCAUGCAACAUCCCUGAUUUCUCUCGCUACGCACGCUCCUCCAAGGGUCAAUUCAUCCAACUGCCCUUCCUCCCCCUCAUCUUCACUCUCUGCGGUACCAUCGGCAUCAUCACCACUUCCGCUGCCGGCAUCAUCUACGGAACCCCCAUCUGGAACCCCCUCGAAAUCAUAGCCAAAUGGCUUGAUCUCGGUCACGGUGGUCGCGCCGCCGUCUUUUUCGCAGCGACUGCUUGGUAUAUUGCGCAAGUCGGCACGAAUAUAACAGCUAACUCUAUUAGCGCAGCGAACGAUCUCACGGUGCUUUGUCCGCGCUAUAUUAAUAUCGAGCGCGGAUGUAUCAUCGCUGCGAUCAUCGGAGGCUGGGUCAUCGUCCCCUGGAAAAUCAUCAGUUCAGCCGAAUCUUUCCUCGCUUUUAUGGGCGGCUACGCAGUCUUCCUCGCACCGAUCGCUGGUAUCCUCGCGGCGGAUUACUGGCUUGUAAAAAAACAACAUAUAGAUGUACCGGCACUCUAUGAUCCGCAAGGUAGAUAUAGAUACUGGAAUGGUAUUAACUGGCGCGCGCUGUUGGCAUUGCUGGUGGCGGUGAGUCCAAAUUUACCGGGGUUAGGGUAUAGUAUUGGGGAAACGGGGGGAGAAAUGCAUUCGGUGAGGAUUAGUGGGGGCGCGAGACAUCUUUAUUCAUUUGGCUGGUUUUGGGGUUGGCCGGAUGGGGAGUCGUGUGUGCAAAGUACGGUUUAUGGGGAUGUGGAUGAGGUGGUGGAGGGGGUUGGUAGUGAUGCGGAGAGUGCUGGGGGGGGGCGGGAAGGUGCGCAUGUAGGUGCGGUGGGUGAUGGGGAGAAGAGCUCGAGGGGUGUAGGGGUGGUGGAUCUUGGGUUGGGAUAG